AUACCAAUACUCACCCCUCUUUUCCUUGUGAGUGGUAACGUUAGUAGUGGCUAGCCCAGCCAGCUCCUGUCUGAGGGGGAGAAAGACUCGUGUGAAGUAUAAUCAUUACUGUGAAAAUCGUUUGUUUCAAAACGUGUGACUUGCAACCAUAUGCGUACGUUUUAGUUCAACUGAAUAAGAUGUCAACUCCAGCAAGACGACGUUUAAUGAGGGAUUUUAAGCGGCUUCAAGAGGACCCUCCUGCAGGAGUUAGUGGAGCCCCGUCGGAAAACAAUAUCAUGGUAUGGAAUGCCGUAAUUUUUGGCCCAGAGGGAACACCUUUUGAAGAUGGAACUUUCAAACUCACAAUAGAAUUCACAGAGGAAUACCCUAAUAAGCCUCCAACUGUGCGUUUUGUCUCCAAAAUGUUUCAUCCAAACGUCUACGCAGAUGGUAGUAUAUGCUUGGACAUUCUUCAGAACCGCUGGAGUCCAACUUAUGAUGUUUCUUCAAUUCUAACUUCAAUACAGUCUUUACUGGAUGAGCCGAAUCCCAACAGCCCAGCCAACAGCCAGGCGGCUCAGCUAUAUCAGGAGAACAAGCGGGAGUACGAGAAGCGGGUGUCUGCCAUCGUGGAACAGAGUUGGCGUGAUUGUUGAUCCCCUCACAAAGUAUGAACAAUAUCCAGCCUCAAGUCAAAAAGAGAACAGAAGAAAAAUAUCUCAAAGGAAAUGAAAUACACAUGGUUUGAAUCUUUCUCUGCCGUAUGUUUGUUUCUCUUCAUGCAUAAUGCUCCUCCUGGACAAGAGCACAUCAAAGUAAAUGUACCUUGUUAUAUCUAGGUUACUUACAAUGUCAUUUAUCCCCAUAUUUUUUUUUAUUUUUUUUAUCCUUGCACAUAAAGGUACUGUGGGGGGGGGGGUUCGAGUUACUCUUGUCAUUUUAGUGUUUUAAGUCUUUGGCUUGUAGUGUGAUUUUGCUGUAUUGAUUCAGAUAAUUGUGUAUGUCCAGAAGUUUGAGGGUUUUUGCUGUGGUUUGACUGUUUUGUUUCUAGCUUUCACACGGUUGCCUUUUUGGAGCUAUAGCAUGAUAGUAUUCCAACUAAGAAACAAUUUGAUGAACACCUGUCAUGGACUUUUUUCCAACCAAUGUCAAUUUUAAAACCCUACCUUUUUUUUACAUGCACAAACCA